AUGAAUACAGACCGAUCCAACCUAGACGUGCCAGAACUUCAGCUAGCUGGAUUUCCAAGAGCUGUGGCUCCCAGACUGCCAGAGUGUAAAGAGACAAAACAACGCUCUCCAAAACACAUUCCACGCUCACUGAGACUGAAUGUGAGGAGCGUGCUGGCUUCACGACAGGCCACCGCGUCUUAUGAAUUUGGAUACACGGUUCAACAACACGAGGCAGACGGGCGGAAAUGGCUCCUGGUCGGAGCUCCCUUUGAGAGCAGCGGUGAACACCAGACAGGUGACGUCUACAGAUGUCCACUAGACAGCAAACCUGCCACAAACUGCACACGACUGCAUUUAGGAAAGAUAUCCUUGAACAAUGUGUCUGAACGCAAAGAGAAAAUGAGGUUGGGAAUGACUCUCACCUCCAACCCGAAAGACAACAGCUUUGUGGCGUGCGGGCCGCUGUGGUCGUACGAGUGUGGAAGCUCCUACUACAGCACAGGCAUCUGUUCAAGAGUCAACAGCAGCUUCAGCUUCACCCACAGCAUCGCUCCAGCCUUUCAAAGAUGCGAGACCUACAUGGACAUAGUGAUUGUGUUAGAUGGAUCCAACUCCAUCUACCCCUGGUUUGAGGUUCAAGAUUUUCUGAUAAAUGUGCUGCAGAAGUUUUACGUCGGUCCAGGACAGAUCCAGGUAGGGGUGGUCCAGUAUGGUGCGAGAGUGGUGAACGAGUUUCGGCUGGAUGAUUUCCGUACGGUUGAGGAGGUUGUCGAGGCAGCUAAGAAUAUCGACCAGCGAGGCGGAGAGGAAACACGCACAGCUCUCGCAAUCAGUACUGCUCGAACGCAAGCAUUCAAACACGGAGGACGUCCAGAUGCUAAGAAAGUCAUGAUUGUCAUCACUGAUGGAGAAUCACACGACAGCCCAAACCUGCGGAACGCCGUGGAGGAAAGUGAGAAGGAUAACAUCACCUUGUACGGUAUUGCGGUUCUUGGCUACUAUAAUCGGCGAGGGAUCAAUCCUGAAGCUUUUCUGAGGGAAAUCAAGUUCAUCGCCACCGAUCCUGAGGAGCACUUCUUCAGCGUCACCGACGAGUCUGCCUUGAAAGAUAUCGUCGAUGCUCUGGGAGAGAAGAUCUUCAGCUUGGAGGGCACCAACCAGAACGGCACGGCCUUUGGUUUGCAGAUGUCUCAAGCUGGAUUCUCUUCACAUAUCGUCGAGGACGGGAUUCUGGUCGGUGCCGUCGGGGCGUAUGAUUGGAACGGAGCGGUUCUUAAGGAGACCCGUCAUGGUAAAGUCAUCCCAGCCAAGUCCUCUUACAUGAAAGAGUUCCCAGAGGAACUGAAGAACCACGGAGCCUAUCUGGGGUACACGGUGUCAUCGGUGGUCUCGGCUCAACAUGGUCAGCUGUACGUCGCUGGAGCCCCUCGAUUUAACCACACGGGGAAGGUCAUCAUCUUCACACUGACCAACAGCGGCAACCUCACCAUACUGUACUCGCUCUACGGACAGCAGAUCGGCUCAUAUUAUGGAAGUGAGCUGGCAGCGAUUGAUCUGGACGACGAUGGACUGACGGAUCUUUUGCUUGUCGGAGCUCCCAUGUACUUCUACAAAGGGUGGGAGAAAGGCCGAGUUUACAUCUACACCAUCAGCUUACAGGGCUCUUUUACACCAGAUGGGACUCUUGGACCAUCAGAAAAGACCCAUGAUUCUCGGUUUGGCGCGGCCAUGUGCAGCCUUCCGGACCUGAAUGGUGACGGCUUCACCGAGCUGGUUGUAGGUGCACCACUGGAGGACAAUCACAAAGGAGCCAUCUAUCUCUUCUACGGCAAACACAACAGCAUGCAACCCAAAUACAAACAGAGAAUAGCCGCUGGUGACGUCUCUCCGGGUCUGCGUUACUUUGGCCGCAGUGUUCAUGGGAUGAUGGAUGUGAAUGGAGAUCAGCUCAUAGAUCUGUCCGUGGGAUCUUUCGGGGCCGCGGUUCUGCUUUGGUCUCGCAGUGUGGUCCGCGUGGGGAUCAGCAUUAACUUCGAGCCUUCAAAAAUCAACGUUUUUAAUAAGGACUGCACUCGAGGAGGUCGAGAGGUGUCCUGCAUGUUGGCCACCGUUUGUGUGAAUGUCACGGCGCGGACACCGAUGACAGAUCCAAAAACAGUCGCGCUGAGGUACAGCUUUGGUUUCGAGGAGAGCAGAUAUUUCCCCAGAGCCGUGCUGGACAGCACUGAAGACCCGCAGCCCAGAGACGUGACCCUGCGGCCGGACUCAGAUUACUGCCAGCAAGUGUCCUUCCACGUUCAUGAAGUGACCGACUACACACGACCCCUGACCUUCACUGUUAACGUCGGCCUGCAGAACACAGAUGAAGGGCCGGUGCUGGAUGAUGGGUGGCCCACCAGUCUGCAGUCAGAGCUUCCGUUCUGGAAUGGUUGUGAUGAUGACGAUCAGUGCGUUCCCAACCUCGUCCUGCAGAGCAGCUCUGACCUGUUAGACCGCAGGCAGUUCUGCGGGCGCCUCGAGUGCUCCUCGUGGCCCCCGUGUGUCCAUCAGAGGACGAGGACGAGCGGAGAGCGUUUGGUGGAGGCUGGCCGGAGGAAGGUUCUGGUGGAGACACGUUUGGAGAACCAAGGAGAAAACUCCUACGGCACGAUCCUGAACAUCACACACUCUCCAAACCUCCGGUUCUCCAGUCUGGUGCUGAAGGCACCUUCAGACAUUUCCAUCGAGUGCCUGAACUCUGAUGAUACGAGUCUCUACCGAACCUGCAACGUCAGCGCGCCGUUCCUGAGGUCACACGCGCAGGUGUAUUUCCGUCUGGAGUUUGAGUUCAGCAGAUCUGUCUUCUUGAACUACGUCCAGAUCACGCUCAAGGUCUCCAGUGACGGUGAAGAAAUGUCUCCAGAGGACAACAUCAAUGAGAUUUAUCAUAAUCUGAAAUAUGAGGCGGAUAUUCUCUUCACAAGAGAUUCCAGCCCGUCCCGUUUUGAGAUCAAACCUGAGCUUGACCAGAGCCUCCCUGCUGGGACCGGACCGCCCUUCAACCUCUCUUAUCAGAUCCAAAACCUCGGCACGUUUCCCGUAUCUGAGCUUCUCUUCACGUUAAACAUCUUCGCUGUGACCAGAAACGCCAACGCUCUCCUGCGCCUCUCAGACUUGGAUAUCGAUCAGAUGGCUGGCUCGCGCUGCAGUGUUCCACGAGUCAUUACCGCCGACUCGUCCUCGCAGGAAGAUCUCUCCCUCAACACGCUCACGAACUCGUCCACCGGUGACACGUUAUUUGCGCACUGUAGAAUCAGCCUGCCUCCCCAAGCAGACGUUAGCAUCACCGCCACAGGAUGGCUAAAUCUACAUGCUUUAUUUGCCGUGAAACUGAAGCGCUUGGAUCUGGUAAUGACGGCUGCAGUGGAGCUGAGCCCCUCGAGUCCGAUGUUCCUCCACGAGGAGCGACCCAUGAGGCAUAUAAUCCUGGAGAUUAGGAAGGAGGAGGAUUACCGGAUUCCCGUCUGGGUGAUUGUCGGGAGCACGCUGGGAGGACUACAGCUUCUGGCCCUGCUGGUUCUGGCGCUCUGGAAGCUGGGAUUCUUCCACAGGCAGAAGAGAAAGAGGGAAGAGCAGCCGACCAAUGAGAAGACAGCAGAGGAUCGGUAAUGCCACGGCAACCUCCUCAACCAAUCACUCAGGGACUCUCUGUCAGCCAAUCAGCUGCAGUCCGAUGCAGAACCAAUCAGCUCGCUUCCCCGGCCGCUGCCAAUUAAGACAGAAGAUGUGACGUUUAUAAGAGAUUUCACCUUGUUUGAGACUUUGAAAAGAGGUGGAAUGAAGUACUACGAGACUUUGGUCUGAACCAUUCUGAGAGGUUUUGGUGCUGAUUAAAUGUUUGUGUCUCAUGAAACAAACCUCAGAUUGCGGAACAGGAUCGUGAGACUUUUUUUGCUGCAGCGUAAAUUGAAGCUGAUGCACUUGCACAACAGUUGUGAACUUGAAAUCUGUAAAUAUUAAAGAAGUUCAGCAAUACAGUGUAAAACUGAUAAAAUGUUUAAUCAUAAAAUUAUUAUGCACCUUAAUGCAUUUUGUUGAAACAUCUGUUCAGGAUUCAUGUAUGUGAGACAGAAUCGGUGUUUUUAAUCAUUUGAAAUUGGUGAAAGGGCUUCAGGGUAGUUGAAAUAAUAACAUUGAUGAAAUGUUAUUUGUAUGCAGAAACAUGCACAUUUUACAUUUUAUCCCUUCAUUUUUUUUUUUUUCUUUGACUUUAAAUUUACUAUCAAUACAAAAGUUUCUAAUUUUUUUUUUUUUUUGCUUUUUAUGCAGUCCAUUUAAAUCACUUCGCUUAAUUUCUGUAGUGUGAUAUUAUUUAAAUUAUUAAGGUUACUUGCAUUUAAAAUCAAAGUUUUUAUACAGAUGUCAGUCUGAUCGAAUUAUGAGUCAGGAAAGAUGUUAAAAAUUUCUAACUAGUCACACUGGAAAAGUGAAGGCUUACACUGAGGGAUGCAUCAUCCUGUGCAGUGUGUUCAUUGUGAUGAAUGUACAGUAGGUGGUCAUGCAAUGCAAAGAAAAAGAAGCAUACUGUGCACAGUAAACACACUACAUACUGCAGCGACAAUCAGUAGUUUGGUGGUUCUGUUCUGAACAAAGUCACUCAAUCAAAAAUGUAUUCUGACAGUAAUUUUCUUCUGACAUGGCUUCACAGCUUUCAGUUUAAGACAACGUGGUGAUCCUGCGGUCACUUGUUUUAAUCGUUGUCAGUUAUUGCAUGUAAAGAUGACAGCUGAAUGUUCCUAUUUUUAUUGAUCCACUGAAUAAAUUAAAAUCACCUUGA